UGUUAUUUACUUUAAUUAUUUGUAUCGUGUGAUAGUCAUUGUUUUGUUGUUCUUUUUCCCGAGCCUAACGUCCAUUAACCACUUUUUUCUUUCCUUUUUCCUUCUUUUUCAUUCUUAUCUCUACAGCUCUUUGUGUGAAGAAAGAUCGAUGAAUUCUUUUGGAAUGUAGGAGGGAGGUGGGUUAGAGGCAUCUAGGGGUCGCUUGAAAAAAGUCAAAAUAAGAAUACAUAAAAUAGAUACCUAUCGAAUUUCCACUCUACGUGUCGCGCAGAACAAUCACAGGUUGGUGAAGAAUAUGGAAAUAAGAUUGGGUGAAUCUGACUGCGGUGAGGGUCCACCUGAUUGGCCAAGAAGGAGUCCUUGUGAAGCUCCGAAAGGCCCCUGUACGCCAGCAGGUCCACCUGGUUAUCCUCCAAAACAGCGUCCUGAAAAAAAACCAUUCUGCGUUAAAUGCCCGCCCAAGAAACCGUGCAGAACGGAAAAUUGCGAACCGGAUGAUUGCUAAGUCAGCAGAAAGACAGAGGAUAAUCCGUGAUUUAAAACCAUUGGAUGGAUUGUUUCAACGAAUGACGAUUUUUCUUCUAAAGCCAACGUUUAUGGCAUUGAAGAAUGGAUUUGCUUUGAAACAUCUUAUAAAGAAGACACAAUUAAAUAAUGCUGUUGCUUCUUCCACAUCAACGACCUUACUACAGAUCUUUUGUACGUCGAGUUUCUCGAAAUCGUCGAAUCUAGCACCAUUACCUCUAUGCCAACCAGAAAACUCUUCACUAUGUUUAAACAGUGGUCCAUGCAGACAAUUGUAUCAACAAGCAAAACCAUGUCCACAGGCCAAAAAAUGUAUUUCACUGAUACCACCUUGCUAUUGUCGAGUGAAUACAGAUUGUUCCGAUUUACCAUGGAUUCCUUAUCCACUAUUGUGCUUUUAUCCUCACCCGGAAUUUUCAAAACAAUCGCCGCCAAAGAUUUGUUAUAGAAAAUGUCUUCCUCUACUUAAACUGCUAACAUUACUCAAUAAAAUUCCUGCACCACCUCCUUCACCACAACUUCCUAAGCAUCCCAAAAGAUUAAAAUGUUUGAUUCAAAGCGUACCAUUUUCUACGCCACCUCUGCCGAAGUGUCCGAAAUUCUUAAAAUGUUCACUACAAAAGAAACAUCCUCUAUUUUCACCUUGUGAGCUUUGUCCUUGCCGACUAUCUUGCAGCUGUUUUUCAUCACUUUGUCCACUGUGUCGACCGAAUCUAUGCUUAAAGCCACUAUCUUAUCUUCCACGAUCUCCUUUACGAUCUUGUUCAUCUAGCCCAGAGUGUCCGACACUCCCUCCUUGUCGAUCACUACUACCAUGUUAUGUCUGUCUUUACUCAAAACUAUCCCUACCAUGUUCCUGUUCACCAUCUCAGAAUAUCGAAGCUAAAUAUUCCAAGGACGUUCCUUGUUAUCCCAAAUUCUUGUUCGACAUACGAAAAAACGAAGUUCAACGUAUGUCCACCUAUCAUAUAAAACUUCGUACUAUUCAAGCGCAGAUGCUUCAUUCCAGAGGUCUACAUAGUUCGUGCAUAUUGCUUGGGAAAUUUAAUUCCGAUUCUGAGAAAGAUUGCAAGUCGGUGAGCGAAAUAUGUAAACUCAAGAAGGAAAGCUGUAGCAAACCUUGUAAGGAAAGAGAUGUUGAAUGUUAUCCAGAAAAGGUCAUUUGCGAACCAGUAAAGAAAAAGGAUAAGGAUAAAGAAAAAGAAGAGAAAAUAGUAUGUCCGAAAAGUUGUAUUCGUGCAGGAAAGUGUAUCAUCACUCAGAUUAAGAAACAAGAUAAGAUGGUGUACGGACCAACUGAAUGUCCACAACCGAAAUUGGUAACGCCACCUAUAUGUCCACCUACGGCCGAUUCUGAAAACAACGAGCCCGUUUGCAAUGAAAAAAUUGUCAAGCCAAAAAAAGAAGUGUGUACACCACCGCCGUUACCUGAUCCUCCUACUGAACCCAUUUCAUUAUGUCCUUGUCCACCUCCAGCAAAAUUACAUCCAGGACCUUGUCCUUGUCCUCCUCAUAAAAAUGAUGUAAAGGUCAAACCUGGUCGACCUUGUCCUAUCAAAGACAAGUAUCCCUGUUGUUUACCAAUUUACUACUGUCCUAUAAAAACGACUCCUUGCGUGAGGAAACCUCCUUGCAACAAGAAGAAAAAUACAAAAUCAUGAGACACUAUUAAUUAUGGGAUAUGAAAGAAAACUAAAGGCGAGAAUUAAUACAGUUUUUGCGGAAUCUAUUAAAUUACAACGUUCGGUCUCCUGGAUCGAUAAUUGUCAACCAUUCAUAGUCGAUUUGUUCACCUUCUGUCGAUUCUGUGGUCACUCGAGUGCAUUUUUUUUAUAUAGUACGAAUAGAUUUUCUCAAGGUCAAGCAUGUUUAAGUCAAUGAUGAGCACUCCACUGGUCAGGUGAAUUCAAUGAAAGAUGAACGGACCGACUGUUGAUGUGUAUCGCUUGUCGUAUGGCUAAUUUAACGCAUUCCUAGUUUUCGAAAGACAAUUAAACUCUGAUUAAUUUGGUUUCUAUCAUUAUCUUUUAAUACUAUUAAUAAGAAUGCGAUUAAUUGGACAUGCUACAUUCGAUAUACGUCUCAUUAAUGUUUUUAAGAAAUGCUCAAGUCUAAAUUUAAAUAGAUUUCGUUGAGUGUCUAUCAUAACUGAUCUACAAAAACAAACUGUUUUAUUUUCAUCCCGUAUACUGUCAUACUAUUCCAAUAUUUAUAGAUAUUAUAGAAAUAUAAGAUGCAGACACGUUUGGAUGGAUGAUCAUAAACGUGAAAUAUGUACUAUUUAAGUGGUAAAAUAGUGGUAAGGCUCGGGAAAACAUUUAUCUUUCCAGAGUUAAACAUAUAGACAUAUACAAAUCAUUCCUUUUAUCUAAAUUUGCUGUAACGAAUCUGUAUAAAUCA